UAGUACAAAGAUCCAAAGGUUGUACAAAUCAAUCCAUUCCCCGGUUCUAUUGAUUUCUGAAUCUUCAUCGCAGGUUUGUUAGAUUCAACUGUAGAAGUGAAAUGGCCGGAUCUAGGAUUGCUCAUGCUACCUUGAAAGGACCGAGUGUCGUUAAGGAGAUAGUUAUUGGAAUAACGCUUGGCCUUUGUGCUGGUGGGCUUUGGAAGAUGCAUCACUGGAAUGAGCAGAGGAAAGUGAGAGCAUUCUAUGACAUGCUCGAGAAAGGCGAAAUCAGUGUUGUUGCAGAAGAAUAAAUGUUUUAAUGUUUUGUGAAUUUGUGGAGACAACUUUGACUGUAUUUUGAUCUUUUGUGACCCCCUUCAUUAGGCUCUUGUUUUCAAGAUGAGCAAACUCAGUUUGGUAUUUCUUAAGAUAA